AUGUCAACGACUAUUACGCCCCAGCCUAGUUUUUACGGAGACUACGAAAAAAAUCCAGCCAAGAGUUGGUUCGCAACUCUUCAGGCAUCAGACAAAGUGUUGUGGACCACGUUCCUGGCAGCGUUUAAGAUUCGUCGGCCCCCACCGGUACAAGUAGUAUUAACAGUCGCACAGAAGAAGGACCGAAUCAAAGCAUUAGCGUUGCAAGAGGAAGAGAUUGGCAUAAUGAUAGAAGAGGACAGAGGCAGAGAAUGGGGACAUGUGAAGUGGGCGAAGAAGGUCACAAGAAUGGCUCAAGGUUUCAACGACGCGCAAUGUCACCUGCUGGACGUGGUACUGGAAAACACCCCCAAAGUCCUACACGACUUCCUGUCAGACAAUUACACUACGUGGACGGAAUUCGAGAUGGACGUCGCAAGGAUUUCUGCGUCACAGCUGUUGAGAGCGAAACAACGACUUGUCACGGAGCGAAAGCUUCGUGAAGAUGUUGACAAACUUCAGAACCAAACAACGAGCAGCCGCAAGACAACGUCACCGACCACGCAAGUCCCAUAUAGCGCACCACCUGCCUACAGAUAUGGACAACGCUAUAGCAGACAGCCUGCAGCAACACCACAGCCCCAAACAAUCGUACCUUCCCAAGCACCUCAGAUAUCUUUGUUUCCCGUACUUCCCCAAACACCACAGAUCACCAACUUGUUCACAUCCGCAGUCCCAGCAACACGGGGUAACCUAUUCUAUGGGUACAGAGGGUAUCUGCAGAUGCCAACUCGACGAGGAGGGUCACCUGCAGAACGGCUGAGAACUGCAGCUCAAUACACCACCAUUCCGCACCACCCCAAUUCGGAGGCAGGAAGACAAGCCUACGCUCAACAAGUCCAAGAAUGGCAUACGCAGCAUGGAUCGAAUGCCAUCCCUAACUCACAACGACCCUACCCUUUGAAACCGGGCACGUCACCCAUUGGGUCCAGAGAAUGUUUUAGCUGUGGAAUGGCAACAACACCUUCGCAUCAGUCCUACAAAUGCCCUAAUGAAGUAGUGCCCAUCUAG